AUGGCGGGUAGUUUGGAUGAUUCAAUCUAUAAUAAUGGUAGAAGUGGUGGUGGAGGAGGAGGAUUUAAAUUCUCUAAAGGGUUUAAUAAGGAUAGUAUUUCAAAGAGGAUAAUAAUGAUGUUAUUUUUUAGUAAAGGUAUUAGAGCAUGGUCAUGUAUUAUAUUGUUAUACUUUUUACAAUCAUCAAUUUCAAUUAUAUCAGCAUCCUUUUAUAUGUGUCUUUUUUCAGCAAUCUUUAGUGUAGUAGUUGAAAAACCAUGGAAUCUAUUAUCAUCAUUAAGACCAUCACAAAUCAAAAAGAUAAUAUAUCAUUCAAUCUUUAAUCUUUUAAUUAUAAUAACUUGGAAUUCUUCAAUUAAAUUUAUUGGUCCAAUUGGAUCAAUUUUAGCAUCAGAUUAUACAUUUUCAACAUAUCCAUUAAUAUUUAAUAGUUUAUUACAAGGUAAUUUCCUUGCAACUGAUAUGUCAAGAGGAUCAAUAAUGUUAAUGAUUGGAUACUUUUUAAUACCGUUAUUUGGAAUUAGUAAUAGAUUGGAUAUUUUAGGAUAUACAUCAUCACAAGUAUUUAUGAUCGGAUUAUUUAGUUUAAUAGUACAUAAUGUAUUAGUAUUAUGGAAGAAAACAAUCGUUAGAAGUUGGAAUAGUGGUAGUAGUGGUGGUAAGAAUAAAUUAUCAUCACUAGGUUCAUGUGUAUCAACUAUUAUAUUAUUUGUAUUUAAAUUAUUUGAAGGAUUUAGUAGUGGUAGCAGUGGUAGUGAUAGCAUUAAUCAAGUAUCAUAUUCUCAAUUAUUUGUAAUCGCAAUCAUUACUUUUAUUCUCUACUCUUUGAAUCAAUUCAUUGAUGAUGUUUCAGAAAAAGAAUUAACAUUUAAUGUACUCUCAAAAGUUAGUUUAACAUCUUCAGUAAUAUUUGGUUUAUUAGCUGCUUUAUUCAUUGGUUUUAAAGAUUUUUUCCAUCCAAUUUUAAUUUUAAGUUUUAUUUUUAUAAUUAAUGCGAUUCAUAUAUUAUAUUCAAAAUCAAAUGAUAUUCAACCAAUGACAUUUUCAAAUAAUAUGGAUGGUGGUAAUUCAAGUAUUAAAACAUAUAAUAGUAGUGGUGGUGGUGGUGGUGGUAGUAUUAUUAAUGGUAAUGGAAGUGGUAAUGCAAUUUAUUAUUUUGAAAUUUUAAAAGAUGUACUAAGACAAAUUGUUGAUAAACCAACCUCACGUAGAAUAUUCACAUUUUUAGUGAUUAAUUUAAUGUUUAUGUUUGUAGAGAUGGCAUAUGGUAUUUGGACUAAUAGUUUAGGUUUAAUCACAGAUGCAUGUCAUAUGUUUUUUGAUGCCACUGCACUUUUCAUUGCAUUGGUAGCUGAAGUUAUCUCUCAAUGGAAACAGAAUGAUAAAUAUUCUUAUGGUUAUGGUAGAUUUCAAGUUUUAUCUGGUUUUGUAAAUGGUAUAUUUUUAAUUUUCAUUGCUGUUACAAUUUUAAUGGAAUCUGUUGAAAGAUUAUUAGAACCACCAGAAAUUAAUACAGAUAAAUUAUUAUUGGUUUCAGUUUUAGGGUUUAUUAUAAAUUUAAUUGGUAUUUUCUCAUUCCAUGGUGAUCAUGGUCAUUCACAUGGUGGUGGCGGUGGUCAUUCACAUGGUGGUGGUGAAAAGAAAGAGAAACAUCAUGGUCAUAGUCAUGGUGGUCAUGGUGAUCAUCAACAAGUAACACCAAUUUUAGGAGAAGAAAAGAAAAAGAAGAGAAGUGUAAACAUUGAUGGUGUAUUUUUACAUCUUUUAGCAGAUACAUUAGGUAGUGUUGGUGUUAUUGUAUCAUCGUUGAUCAUUCAAAUUUGGGGUUAUACAUUGGCAGAUCCAAUUUGUUCAUUGUUAAUUAGUAUUCUUAUUUUCUUGUCAGUAUUACCAUUGAUUGCAAAUACAGCGAAAACCUUAUUACAAUGUACACCAGAACCAAUCCAAUCAAGUCUCUAUCAAAUCAAUCAAUUCAUUCUCUCAAUCGAUGGUGUACACAAUAUCAUUAGUUAUCAUUUUUGGUCACAUUAUGAUGAUAUGAAUAUUGCAACAUUAAAGAUUCAAUUGAAUGAAACUGCUUCCUCCAAUUCCACUUUGGAUACUGAAAGAAUUAAAAAAUCAAUUUCAAAAUAUUUAAACAAAGAUCAUAAUAUUCAUAAGUGUAUUAUAGAAUUCAUACCUUUACUAUAUAAUAAUAAUAAUCAACAACAAGGUAACGAUGUACCAUUAAUCAAUCAUCAUAUCCAUAAUGAUAUUCAUCAUAAUCAUUCUUCAUCAUCAUCAUCAUCAUCUCAUCAUCAUCGUCAUAAUUAA